GGACUAGACCUCAAGAGAAAAACUUUAGAGCAAGAAUUGAUAAAUUAUACUUUCUUCACAAAUAAAGCUUAAACAGAAUUAUGUUAUCUCCAUCAAAAGAAUCACAACAUGCACAGUGCCGAUCACCGCGUCGUCCUCGCAAAAGACUUCUAAGCUAUGAAAUACAAUCACAUGAGAGUCAAACCAAGCAACAGUGGUCAGAUGGGGAGAAAAAGAGAUUACAAGGAUUUUUAAACGAGAUGCUGAGAGCCGGAUGCUUGAAGGGUUUCAAGUAUUUCGCUCUCUAUCUACGAGGUCGAGAAGAGUUAAUUUGCAGGGUGCUGAAUGAACCCAUGUCUCCAGAAAUCUGGUCGUAUUACGCAUCACCUUCUUCUGAAAAGUCAAGAAGAGGAACUCUAAGUUUUACAUUUGACAGCCAGGCCAGUUUACCAAGGAACGAACAAUCCUUAAUCAUGUCUGCAAGUACACAGAAAAGUUUAAGUGGAUAUGGUUUCAUGGAUAUUGGUCUGCCACCAGCGAGUCCUAGUGACAAAGAUAUAGAUUUAAAGGAUGACAAAUCAACCCUUUUUCUUAUUGCUGCUUAUGCACGGUACAGCUGUCCAUAUGUGUGGGUAAGAUCAAACCAUGAGAGGCUGGUGGCACUUUCUAGAGAAUCUGGCAAAGAAAAACAGAAGGACAGUCCACUGAAACUUAAGUCUACAGCAGAAUGGAAACAGAGAGACACCAAACUAUGGGACAUCAUUGCUGAAAUUGUAAAGCUGUGCAUGUACCCAGCUCCCCUCAACCCAUUUUCCAUUGAUUUCAAGUACUUUGAAGGUCUGCCGUUGGUUCAAAGAGUCAUUGCAACUGGUGCAAUGGCUCAUUUCUUACAGAAGGUUGUAGCAUCUGGUGAUCAUGCAUAUAAUGCCAGAGUCUUUGAUGACUUGGGAGAAAUCACAAGAAGCCAUUUUAAGGACUUGCAGACCCUUGUGCGGCAGAGAAGACUACAAGAAAUUGAACAAGCUUCACCACAGUAUCCAGUAUAUAACAUGCAGCCUCAGGAUACUCAAUUUUACAACACUCAGCAGCAAAAACAGCAGACAAACUAUUAUCAAACAGGACCAGUACAGCAGCCGCUACCAACCUCAGGCUACUCUGGCCAGUAUCAAUCUGGGAGAAUGUAUUAGCAUGUUUAAAUUUCAUCAAAGACUUCUGACAUAGACAUAAAAGUUAGCAAUCUGGUCUCCUUUUUGAACUGAUUUUCAUAAGGAAAAGAAUACACCUUGUCAAUAGCUCUUAUUUAUGUUAUUGUAAUAAUUGAUCACAUUUUGAAGCAUUAUACACUUGUAAGCUCAACAGGUAUUUAACACACUAUCUGUGUUUUUUCCUGUUGUGAAAAGAAUUUCUGCAUAAAGCACUUGUUGUUAUGGAUCUUGAAUAUGACUAAUUCAUAUUUGUGAAAAAAAGGGACCAGAGAAGUAGAUAAUACAAGAAAACAGAUAAUUGAGGUCUGUUUAAUCAAGGUUCAAGUGUAUUUCAAUUUAGUGAGCAGUGGUUUCAGGGCUUGACACUAAUGAUAGUCAACUAGCCACAGACUAGUAGAAAUUCAGUUUUGAGUAGCGUUUUCAAUUUC